CGUAAAACAAAUCUACACAGCUUACGGAAUAAAACAUAGAUAAUUGUACUUUGCACAAGCAAAAUGAUAAUAAAUCAAAAAGUUUUUGUAAUUUUAACCGUAUUUUUAUCGGUGUCGUUGCCAACGAAUUCCUCGAAGGAGAAUGAAUCCUUUCGCAUGUACCCCGACCUACGCGCCAAGUGCGAGACCUACGCACUCUACAUAUUCAAACCAAUGCUGGAACACAUUGCAAAGGUCAACAAUGAAACAGAAAUAAAAAACAUGAAAAUUGCAGAAAUGGAAAAUAAAAUUUUCAGCUAUGAACUUGAGCUAGAAAAGAAGGAAAAGCAAUUAGCUAAAAUAAAAGACGAAUUUACUGAAAAUGAACAUGAAUUAAAAGCACAAAAUAAAAACUUGAAAGAUAGUCUACGUAUAAAAGAGACUGAGAUGGCUAUUUUAAGAAUAAAUUUAACUGAAUUCGAAAAUAAUUUAGUUGAAAAAAGUAAUGAAUAUACUAAAUGUCAACUGUUCAACGCGGAUAACAGAAAACAAAUUUCUGAAUUUGAGAAAAAACAUGAUGAGAACUCGAAAGCUCUCAGCUUAAGCAAAAGACAAAUAGAUGAACUGACUGAGAAAUCUAAGAUAUGUAGGAUUGAUUUGGGAAAUUUAGGUAAACAAAAUUCAAUAUUAGAAGACAGACUUAUCCAUCUGCAGACAAAUUUAACAUCUUGCGAAAAUAAUAUUGAGAAAAAAGCAAACGAGAAUUCAGUUGUUAUCAGCGAAAGCAAACAGCGAAUAGCUGAGCUGAGCAACGUACUCGAGAAAUGUAAAGCUGAGUCGAAUCAUUUGAAUGAUACCCUAGAAAACUCAAACAAUCAAAUAUCCGUUAAUGAUAAAAUGAUCAAGAGUUUAGAGUCAAACAUUACUUUAUGCGAAAGGAAUCUGGUUGGUAAAGAAGUUGAGCUAAGCAAUCUUCAAAGUAAAUUAGUCGAAUGCAGGCAACAACUUGAGCAUCUUCCGAACAAUUGUCUGAAUUAUAAGAACUAUUCGGGAAUAGCAUCAAUAGAAGUUAAAGGACUGAGUCCGUUUACCGUGUCGUGUGAUUCGAAGCUGGCGGGAUCAGGGUGGACCGUAAUACAACGCCGCAUUGAUGGAAAGGUCGAUUUCUAUCGGAAUUGGAAAGAUUAUAAAGUUGGUUUCGGAGAGGUUACUAAGGAGUUUUGGAUCGGACUUCAGAAGCUGCACAAAAUGACAAGCGAGAAGCGAUAUGAGCUCUACAUACACCUUGUUGAUCAGAGAAACGUGCAGCGUUACGCUAGAUACGAUAACUUUACAGUAGGAGGCGAAGAUACAAAAUUUAGAUUGAUUUCUCUUGGCAAAUAUACCGGGAAUGCUGGAGAUUCUAUGAAAUAUCACGAGGGAAGAAAAUUUACAACAUAUGACAAUGACAAUGAUAGUUACACGUAUAAUUGUGCCAAGGUUCUUAAGGGUGCAUGGUGGUAUCAUAACUGUGCAUUUAGUAACCUUAACGGCAAACGAUUCGACUGUGAUUUGGAAGGUUCAAACAAGUUAGAGACAACUGGAUGCAUUUACUGGCAAACUUGGCAUAGUCGAAGUCAUUCCCUUAAGUCUCUGCAGCUGAUGAUACGCCCCAUUGGAACUGAACCAUAGGAACUUGAGGGGUCAAUUGUAAAACCAAAUACCAUUCUUAAAUACU